AGUGAGCGCUCAAACGCCAAAGAGAACGAGUGCACAAAUCGCUCAUAAGCGUUUAAACUGAACUGAACGCAUCUUAUGUGUUCCAAAAGUCAAUAUUUAAGAAAAAAUGGCGCUAUCUUGUGCGAUCUGUAACGAGGUUCCAGAACAUCCAGUAAUAUCUCCUGUUUCGGGAUCAAUAUUUGAAAGACGUCUCAUCGAGAAAUAUGUGGCUGAAAAUGGUGUGGAUCCAAUCAGUGGCAGGGAACUCAAUGUUAAGCAGCUUAUUGAUAUCAAAACAACUCCAAUUGUCAAACCCAAACCACCUAGCGCAACUUCUAUUCCUGCAAUAUUAAAAAACUUACAAGAUGAAUGGGAUGCUGUUAUGUUGCACUCUUUUACAUUGAGGCAGCAACUUCAAACUGCAAGACAGGAAUUAUCUCAUGCCUUGUAUCAGCAUGACGCAGCUUGCCGUGUGAUUGCUAGAUUGACCAAGGAGGUCACUGCUGCUAGAGAAGCUCUGGCAACUCUUAAACCACAAGCUGGAAUUGCUCAAGCGACUACAAUCCCACAACCAGCUGUGGCAGUGGAGGCUGGUGGUACUGCUGCUCAACCAAUGGAACAAGCUGGUAUUACAGAAGAUGUUAUUCAGAAGCUACAGGAACGUGCGACUGUUCUCACUCAGGAGCGAAAACGACGUGGUCGCUCAGUGCCAGAUGAUCUGAUGCCUCAGGAGAGUAUUCGGUCUUUCCAGACCCUUGCAUCGCAUCCUGGACUACAUUCCGCCAGCGUUCCAGGAAUUCUGGCACUUGAUAUUCACGGAGCUGACACUAGCAAAAUUUUGACAGGUGGUGCCGAUAAAAAUGCUACAGUUUUCAAUAAAGAUACCGAACAAGUAGUGGCAAUUCUUAAAGGUCACACGAAGAAGGUUACACGAGUUAUUUAUCAUCCAGAGGAAGAUCUUGUGAUAACCGCAUCGCCCGACACUACGAUUCGCGUGUGGAACGUCGGCACAAGUCAGACGACCUUGUUACUGAAAGCUCACGAUGCUCCUGUAACCGGAUUGUCUUUACAUCCAACUGGUGAUUAUCUGCUGAGUUCCUCUUUGGAUCAGCACUGGGCUUUCUCAGACAUACGCACUGGCAGAUUAUUGACUAAAGUGUCAGGACAAGCAGGACAGCCAUUGACCACAGCGCAGUUUCAUCCUGACGGUUUAAUCUUCGGUACUGGUACAGCGGACUCUCAAGUAAAGAUAUGGGAUCUGAAAGAACAGUCUAACGUGGCGAACUUCCCGGGUCACACUGGCCCGAUCACGGCGAUCAGUUUCUCGGAAAAUGGAUAUUACCUGGCUACGGCCGCUGAAGAUUCGUGCGUCAAGCUUUGGGAUUUACGCAAACUGAAGAAUUUCAAGACUUUGCAACUUGAGGAAUCUUACGAGGUGAAGGACAUUUGCUUCGAUCAAAGCGGAACUUACUUAGCGGUGGCAGGGACGGACGUCAGGGUGUAUCUCUGCAAACAGUGGCAAGAAUUGAAGGUUCUAAAUGAUCACACGGCGGCGGCAACGGGUGUACGCUUUGGAAAACACGCGCAAUACAUCGCGUCCACCAGCAUGGAUAGAACAUUAAAGCUGUACGGAUUGUCAUAAAAAUGAGACUAUAUACAGAUAUAUCAUUGUUUAAUACAAGAUUAAAUUAUUUUCUGUCACAGUAACAAGUCGGAUUGCUUUUUUUUU